AUGGCUCGGAUCUACAUGUGGUGUCAAUCAGAACUCGUCCCUCCACAGUCCAUGGUUGGCCAUGUGAUAGCUACUAGAGUAUCUCUAGCGACGCUACCCCCACCCGCCCGCCCGCCCGCCCUUCCACCAUCAACAUCCGAGCCUGUCGACCUCCCUACCUACCGCCUUCCGCAGCCAGCCCACCGAGGCAGGCGCAUUUUCCCCAUCGGCGCCAUGGUCGCCCCACGCAGAGCGGCCCUCUUGGAGGAGAGUGCCGAAGUCGAGGUGCUGUUCGCCAACAUGGGGAAAAUGAAGGCUCUCACCAAGAAGAUCCAAGGCUCCGUCAAUCGGUUGGAUGCAAGUGGAAAGGCCGUGCAAGACGCCAUCAGUCCCAUCUACGGAAACACGCAGAAGCUACAGAUUGCGAAUUCCAACAUUGAUCGCGUCCUGUUCGCCAUAGACAGACUGCGGGCACCGAGGGAAGAGAGUGAGAAGGAGGAGAGGAUCAUUCGCGCAGGACCUGGGCGAGGCGACCUAGACGGCUACGUUGCCUCUCUCGACCGCACUGCGCAAGCCCUGGCAGAUCUCAAGCGUACCAAUCUCCGCUCCAACGAGAAGGCCGUCGCGCAACUGAGUGGGCUCCUGAAGAUGGGGAACAAGCAACUGGAAGACGUGUUCAGAGGCAUCUUGCAGGACAGUGCGAGGGAGAGAGUGCAGCCGCUGGAAUAUGUGGCAAAGCAAAACCCGUUUCCGCGAAUACCCCAGGACAAGCUCCAGAUCCUUCGAAACAUCAAUUCCCAUAUUUCCAAGACCUUCGCCCAGAUGUCACAAAACGAUGUCACACAGACGCCGGCGCAGCGGCUAUACGCAGAGGUCCGAGGCGCACAUCUGGAGAGUCUCUUGAAUAGUCUGUCGCAGGCGUCCAUCAGCACUGCGAGAAAGGUGCAGGCGGACGCCUUAUACAAGAAGGGGACCAAUGGUAUUGGAACCUACGUACAAGCGAUUGAAGGAUUGUUUGUUGCCGAAUACGACAACCUCAAUUAUGUCUUCGAGAGAGACGAAUGGAGCUCCGUUUACGCAUCUACGUGUCAGGCAUCGCUCGGGGAAUUCAACAAGACGCUCCGUGAACUCAACGGGCACAUUCAGAAGAACCUGCUGACCGACUGCUUCCUGGGCUACGAGAUAUGCGGUCUCGUUCGGACAUUGUCUAUGCGCCUGCAGAAGCAAACAGGCGCGCUAAAGGACCAGAUAUACGACAGCGUCAAGCCGAUUCGGGAAACGUCCAAGAUGUCACUAGGCAAGCUUCUCGAAGACACAAGAUCACGCACCCAAGGUCUCAUCGCUGUACCCAUCGACGGAGGGCCCGUGGACAUUACGACACAGACGAUGCGACGCCUGCAAGAAAUGACCAACUAUCUGGAACCUCUAUCGUCGAUACUGGCAUCGCUGGGCGAGGGUGGUUGGAACACAAGCUCAGCCAAUGCUUCGUCCACGACUUUGGAUGUGGGGCCAGACUCGAUCAAGCUAUUCGCGCACUAUGCGUCGGAUACUGUAGAUACACUGCUACAGAACCUGAUUGGCAAGGCCAAGUUGCUGCUCAAGGGCAAGAGCUUGCAAGGCGUCUUCAUGGCCAACAAUGUGGCCAUCAUCACGCGCAUCAUACGGUCGUCUGAGCUGGCACCUUUGAUGGAAGGCUAUGCAAAGAAACUGGGAGACUGGCGAAAGCAGAGCACGGCCAUGUACCUGGAAGCAUGGCGGGAGCCAUCAGGGUACCUGCUCGAUGUGCAAUACACCAACCGCACCAAGGAGCGGCCUACCUCGAGCGGGGCGGAUUCGGUCGCCAUUGUCAAGUCACUUGGCUCCAAGGACAAGGACGCGAUCAAGGAGAAGUUUAAAAACUUCAACACCAGCUUUGAGGCGUUGGUGGUACAGUACCAGUCGUAUGCCAUGGAGCCAGAGGUGCGAAGCCAGUUGUCCAAGGAGGUGCAGAACAUCAUCGAGCCACUGUACAACCGAUUCUUCGACCGGUACAAGGAGAUUGACAAGGGCAAGGGCAAGUAUGUCAAGUACGACAAGAGUGAGCUCAAUAGGCAAUUGGCGAGCUUUGCAUAA